AGGGGGGUCGGUAAGGGGGGAUCCUGUUCCUUUAAUUCCCUCCCCUCUUCCUCCUCCCCGAGCCCUAGCCGACGCCGCCGCCGCGCGCGCGGGGCCUGGAACACACGGCACGAGCCGCCCCCGCCCCUCCCCCCUUACGCCCACGCGGAGCCGGCCCCGCGCGCGCGCGCGCCCCGGGCACCCCCGCGCCUGCGCGCUGCCCAGGCCCUGCCCGUGUGUGGGGGGCGCUGCCGGCCCCGGGGGGGUGGGGAAAAUAGGGGAUUAAAAAAACAGCGCGCGGAACCGGGCCAGGGUUGCCCACCCCCGCCACAAUGGCCUCUGGGGUGGAAGUCCUGCGCUUCCAGCUGCCCGGCCACGAGGCCGCUACGCUACGGAACAUGAACCAGCUCCGGGCAGAGGAGCGGUUCUGCGACGUGACCAUUGUGGCCGACAGCCUCAAGUUUCGAGGCCACAAGGUCAUCUUGGCCGCCUGCUCACCGUUCCUGCGGGACCAGUUCCUGCUGAACCCCAGCUCGGAGCUGCAGGUCUCCCUGAUGCACAGUGCACGCAUCGUGGCCGACCUGCUCCUCUCCUGCUACACGGGCGCCCUGGAAUUCGCUGUUAGGGACAUCGUCAACUACCUUACAGCCGCCUCCUACCUGCAGAUGGAGCACGUGGUGGAGAAAUGCCGGAAUGCUCUCAGCCAGUUCAUUGAGCCCAAAAUAGGCCUCAAAGAGGAUGGGGUCAGUGAGGCUAGCCUUGUGAGCAGCGUCAGCGCCACCAAGUCCCUCCUCCCUCCAGCCAGGACCCCAAAGCCAGCCCCGAAGCCCCCACCCCCACCUCCUCUACCCCCUCCACUCCUGCGGCCAGUGAAGCUGGAGUUCCCACUGGAUGAGGACUUGGAGCUGAAAGCCGAGGAAGAGGAUGAGGAUGAGGAUGAGGACGUGUCUGACAUCUGCAUCGUCAAGGUGGAGUCGGCCCUGGAGGUGGCACACCGGCUCAAACCCCCUGGAGGCCUGGGAGGGGGUCUGGGCAUUGGAGGCUCCGUGGGUGGCCACCUUGGGGAGCUGGCCCAGAGCAGCGUGCCCCCCAGCACUGUAGCCCCACCGCAGGGUGUGGUGAAGGCCUGCUAUAGCCUGUCGGAGGACGCAGAAGGGGAGGGCCUGCUGUUGAUUCCCGGAGGCCGGGCCAGUGUGGGGGCCACCUCGGGCCUGGUGGAAGCAGCAGCUGUGGCCAUGGCUGCCCGGGGGGCGGGGGGCAGCCUGGGGGCGGGGGGCAGCCGGGGACCCCUGCCUGGGGGCUUCUCAGGUGGAAACCCCUUAAAGAACAUCAAGUGCACCAAGUGCCCGGAAGUGUUCCAGGGUGUGGAGAAGCUGGUCUUCCACAUGCGGGCGCAGCACUUCAUCUUCAUGUGCCCUCGCUGUGGCAAGCAGUUCAACCACAGCAGCAACCUCAACCGCCAUAUGAAUGUGCAUCGUGGUGUCAAGUCACACUCGUGCGGCAUCUGCGGCAAGUGCUUCACACAGAAGUCCACCCUGCACGACCACCUCAACCUGCACUCGGGAGCGCGGCCCUACCGCUGCUCCUACUGCGACGUGCGCUUCGCCCACAAGCCUGCCAUUAGGCGGCACCUCAAGGAGCAACACGGCAAGACCACGGCCGAGAACGUGCUGGAGGCCAGCGUGGCCGAGAUCAACGUCCUCAUCCGCUAGCCGCACAGGCGUGGAGGCCAGGAGGCUGGGGUCCCUGGGCUGGGUGGGAAAAGGGCUCUUUGGCCCAGGAGAAUUGGGGGUGGGGUGUCUGGGGCAGAAAGGUAAGAGUGGGAGGCUAAGCAGAUGCACACAUCCUGAGAGAGGGAAGAUGAUUCCUUGGAGAGAAGACUUGCUCUUGAGAGUGCAAGAAGCUGGAGCUGGGGACAGCGUUCUUGGAGUAGGCCAGGGGAAAACGGGGGUCCCAGAGAAAGAUUUCCUUCUCUUAGAGGUGCAUGUAUAUGUGGAGGGAGGGAAAGGGGUCCUAUAGAACGAGGG